ACAUCCUGCUUUAGUAUGACUGCAAAGAAAGUGUUGAUUGUGUAUGCCCACCAGAGGUCUGGCUCAUUCAACGCUGCAGCUAAAGAUGAUGCAGUAGAAGUUUUAGCCGCGCAUGGCUGCACAGUAGAAGUCUCUGACCUGUAUGCCAUGACGUUUAAAGCAACUGCUACUGCUGAGGACAUCACUGGAGAAGUUAAGAAUAGUGAUCACUUCUGUUAUGCGGACGAGACUAAACUGGCAUGGGAGGAAGGAAAACUGUGUGCUGACAUCACUGAGGAACAACGUAAACUCACUCGGGCAGACCUCAUUAUCUUUCAGUUCCCCAUGUACUGGUUCACUGUUCCUGCAAUCAUGAAGGGCUGGAUUGACUGGGUGCUCACAUCGGGCUAUGCAUACUCCCAAGAUAAGCGAUACAGCCAGGGAAUCUUCAAGGACAAGAAAGCAAUACUCUCCUUCACCACUGGGUCUAACAAGUCCAUGUUCAGUGAAAAUGACAUUAAUGGAGACAUGAAUGUCACACUGUGGCCACUACAGAAUGGCAUCCUGCACUACUGUGGCUUCCAGGUUUUGGCUCCUCAGAUCUUCUGGGCUCUGUCUUACGUUCCUUCUGAUGCACGCAGCACAAUGCUGGAGGGCUGGCAUAUGUGACUGCAAGGCCUCUGGGAGAAAAAAACACUUUCCUUCACUCCAUUGGACUGCUUUGAUGGAGAGAAGGGUUACCAGCUGAAGCCUGAGGUCCAUGAGAAGUAUGCCACCAAGGAGUUUGGACUGACAGUGGGGAUCCACCUGGGAAAGGUGAUACCACCCAACAGGCAGAUGAAAGCUGGAGUCUGAAGACUGCCUGGCCUC